UGCAGAGUUUAAAGAUGUGAUGAAAGAGGUUGUGUAUGAGAGUCUAUGUGUAGAGGAGUUUGAGAGCAGAUGGUUGAGUAUGUUAGUUGAAUAUGAGGUUAAAGAGCAUGCUAAGAGUCAUGAGUGGCUGAGAGACAUGUAUAAGGAGAGAAAUAUGUGGGUGCCUGCAUAUAUGAACAACUAUUUUUGGGCUGGCAUGAAGAUCACGCAGCGGGUAGAGUCGAUAAACUCUUUUUUCGAUGGUUUUUUGGAGAGAAGCACUAAGUUGUUUGAGUUUCCAAAAAAAUAUUGUGAUGCUAUGAAUAAAAGGUGUAGCGAUGAAAAAGAUGCGGACGAUAAUUGUGCGAAAUAUAUCCGUAAACUUGUUACUGGUUUCCACAUUGAGAAGGUCUUCCAGAAGCUAUACACAGACAACAAGUUUAGAGAUGUCCAAAGAGAAUGUGAAAGGCUUUUGUAUUGUGUUGUGAAGGUGGAGAAACAGAUAUCAGAGAAAGACUUAGAAUAUAUGAUGGAAGAUCGUGUAUGGAUCAUUGUCAAAAGGUAAGAGUGAAGAGGUUUUGACGAAAUAUAAGAAAUUCUACGUAGUGAAGUUUUGUGCAGAACCAAUGGAAAUAUCAUGUGUGUGUAAGAUUUUUGAGACGAGGGGUAUUCUAUGUAGGAACUGUAUUCGUGUGUUAGAUACAAACUCUGUGGUCGAUAUUCAUGAGAAAUACAUCCUUCGGCGUUGGCGGAAGGAUGUAUGUCGGAAGAAUAUGCAUGUUACGGUUGCUUCUUAUGAUCCCACAAAGACGGAGGUUGCUAAACGGUUUGAUAAGAUGAUGCUAGAAUUUGAGCCUAUUUGUGAGGAAGCAACUAUAGAGGAUCAAACUAUGCAAUUUGUUGUGAAUGAAUUGCAUAGCCUAGAAACAAUUGUAAGGGAUAGGGUUAAGUUGGUGACACAGAGACAAAUUUUAUUCCCAUUGGAAUCACUUAAAAUCCAAGAUCAGAUGGACACCACAGAGGGAAAUGUUAAGAAUCCCAUAAAUAGGAGCAAGAAGAAAUGAGGGAGGCCCUUUACCUUAAGAUACAAGGCCUUAGAGAGAACAACAAUUGGAAACCAAAGAGAAAGGAAACCAACAAGGUGAAUACUGAGGAGGAUGGACCUUCAACACAGGGAUUAGAUGGACCUUCAACAGUCGGGUCACAUAGCGUGGGAAAAUUAAAGGUGACAAGGAAGUACAAAAACCCAUCCAAUGAGGUGUCUAGCAUUGCACAACAGUUGCCGUUAUCUCCCGUUGUUCCUGAUGAUGAUAUACUAGUAAGCCACAAUAACAUGGGAUGGGACCAAGGCCAACAUCGCAGUUAGACAUGUUUACAUGUUCGAUAUGUACUACUACUAAAGGAUGUAUUCCACUUUGGUAAACCAUGAUUGUAAAAGGUUGUGCGUAAAAACCUUGUUAUGACUUGGGCAGAUUUCAUUGAAGUGAUUGCAAAAAUUGUAU